CUUUAACAUUAGUUUUUACAACAAUUUUUUUUUGCAAAACAAUUUCCAAAAAAAUUAUAGUUCAAAACAGUACUGUUAAGUUAUCAUUGUUUUAGUUCCCAUUGUAUCUAAUUUGUUUGUGUGGUGCCCCUUCCCAAUCAUGUGUAUUAUGUUCCGCCUCAGUGAUUUUGCCUUCUUCCUUUUUCUGUCUGGCCUCCUGUCUGACCUUGUUGGUCAUUCAUUCCAAACAUGUGCUUGUGUUGUGAGGUGCUCGUAAUAAACUUAACUACUGACUUAACAUGGUAGCAGAGGAUGGUUCAAGUUUAAAGAGUCAGUUAUAGUAAAGUCAAAGUUUAUUAUGGCGCAAUCAAAAAGAUCUCCUCCAAAAUAUACUGAAGGAGAUUGCUAUGUACAAUGGAGAAGAAAAUUUUCAAUGUGGCAGUUAGUAUCUGAUGUGAGGAAGUCUGAACAGGCCAUUCUUAUUAAUCUUUAUGCCUUAGAGGGGCAUGUGAAGGCUCAGAGGGCUAUUUCUGAUUUAGCUAUUGACGAACUUCAUUCUAAUGGCGGAAUAAACAUUCUCCUUGCCAAGUUGGAUGAAACAUUCAUUCAAAAGUGAAACAGUGGAUGAGGCUUACAAUGCGUAUGUGAAUUUUAACAGAUUCUCAAGGUCGUCAAAGUCGGUCAACUGGUCUACUACAAAAGAAAUUAGUCGAGAAUUUGGAGAGGACCAGCAAAGGUUUUGGUGCAAGAUGGCCCCUGUUGAUUUUCUGCGGCACGGUGGUCAGUUCCUCCGUGUCCAUGUGUGUAGACUUGAACUUGCCAAUGAAGAAAGGUCCUCAAAUAUGAAUGGGGGGAAUCAAAACAAGCCGGUUACACAAGACACACGCGAGGAAUCGUGUUCAGAGUCCGAUUAUGAGAUUUCUUCCCCAUCGAGGGACAAUUUAUCAGAAGAACCUCAUUAUGAAAUAAGGGAUUCCUCUGAUGAAGGUCUGAGAAGUGCAAUUUUACCUCCUGCUCCUUCUAAGAAUCCUCCCAGGCUAAAUAUAGCAAAACUAAACAAACAGCAAGUUCUUUCGUUUAAAAAGGAGUUCAACACACUGCAACUGUUUUAAGCCGUGCAGGAAAAGCAACGGGUAAAUAAAACCUGUUAUAAUAUUCUUUAUGAAUACCUCCUGAAUUAUAAAGGGGCAAGACUUGGGUAGAUUUCAAUAAAAUGGAAAAUGUUACUAGUGGGACUCUUACCAAUACAGAGAAUGUUGAAACCAGAGUGACAGAAGAAGUGUUUCAAAUCAAUGAUGUUUCUUUUGAUCAAGC